GUCGCGGCUUGUGAGUGUGAGUCAAAUCUUCAGUUUUCACAUGCGCAUAAAUUAAUCUACACGAUGUUAUGCAGCAUUAUUUUCGUUUACACAAUUUUCAACGAUCACCGUGCUCCUUGUGUCAUGUUAACGAAAACUAUGAGCUGAAAAUCUUUAGACGAUUGACUAUGUGUACUAUGUUAAGAAAUUGGCGGGUGAUUUCAAAUGGGAAAUGUAUUCAAACUGUAGCAACGUUCUUUGCAAAAUUUCAUUAGAAACAAAGCGAAUUUUCACAUUCGCUCGCAUUUUGGAAUGUUCUUCGAAGUUAUUUGGAAUGCGCUGCGCGUAGGGUAUUUCAUUUUAGAGAAUUUCCAUCGGUUUAUUCGGUUUUAAGGCAACGGACAGCAAGAUGGCUGCUAUUGGAUCGAGCAUGUAUAGAGUGGUCGGUGUUCUGCGCUGGCGUUAGUACGUGCGAGAGAGUAGGGUACGUUCAGUUUUGCUGAAAAUACGCAGUAUUCGUUGAAACCUCAGCGUGCGAUAGGUUAAAAGUUUGACAUGUGUACGACAAGGAGUGUGUCAUGCAUACAGAAGAAAUGAUAAUAUUCGAGUAUUAUUCGCGCGAAUACUGAGCUGUCGCUCGCGUGCGCGUUACAUGUUAACGCUGCAAGUAAUAGAAUCGGUCAACGGUAAAUAGUAAUCAAGUUCAUAGUACAGAAGCACGUGGUGUUCAAAGCGUAUUGGUUUAUCUUAUCAAACAGCGGAGAUAAUCCUUCCGACCGAGUCCGAAGAUCCAAAGGAGCUCGAUCUCCGCGAUCGUUGUGACGAAUUGUCAUUAAUCCGCAACAAAGCAACUUCCGUUAAAAUACAGGAGGUACAAUAUCUUUUGGGAAUAAAGGUGCCCAGAUACUGAUUCAUCAUGAUCGUGGACGACAAACCGGAGAUGGAAAGCUUUUGGGUCAUCAGCGCGAUCACCGCGAUCAAGGCGAUUUCGUACGUGUACGAUUUACUGACAUUUCCGGUGUGGCUGGUGCUGCAACGGCCUUGGGAGAAGAGGAAGGCCUCGCGAAGGAUCAAGGCCCGACCUAUCGCCAAGGAUGAGCACAGUAUCACGUACAGGAGUGUGGACCCACCAGGAGAGAUGCGGAUCAACCUUGAACGUGAAAAUAUCGACACGCUCGAGAAGGUGAUGAGCUGGAUCACUAAAAGACACGGCGAUAAAAAAUGCGUCGGUACGAGAGAGAUACUUGCCGAGGAAGACGAGGUUCAACCAAAUGGCAGAAUAUUUAAAAAGUAUAAAAUGGGAGAGUACAAAUGGAAAAGCUACAGGGACGUGGAUAGGCUAACGACUUCCUUCAGUCGAGGCUUAAGAGAAUUUAAUCUUACCGCGCGUAAAAACAUCGUGAUCUUCGCAGAGACUAGAGAGGAGUGGAUGAUAGCAGCUUAUGGUUGCUUUAAACAAAAUCUGACUGUAGUCACGAUUUACGCGACUUUAGGCGAGGAAGCUAUUGCUCACGGGAUCAAUGAAACGGAAGUCGAUACCGUGAUCACUAGCCAUGACUUGUUGCCAAAGUUCAAACGACUUCUUAAUGUGUUGCCUCAAGUUAAAACUAUUGUUUACAUGGAAGAUCAAUUGGUACCUACCGACACAACUGGUUAUAAAUCUGGUGUUAGGCUCCUACCAUUCUCUGAUAUAAUCAAGACGGGCAACACUUCUUCUGCAUCACAAUUCCCACCGAAAAGUUCUGACACCGCAAUCAUAAUGUAUACGUCUGGAUCGACCGGAGUACCGAAAGGUGUACUUUUGUCACAUUUAAAUGUGGUUUCUGUGAUGAAGGCGUUUGUUGAUGUCGUUGAAAUUAGACCAGAUGAUGUGUUCCUUGGAUUCUUACCUUUGGCUCACGUAUUUGAACUUCUUGCUGAGAGUGUGUGCCUUUUAAGCGGCGUGCCUAUCGGCUACAGUUCGCCUCUUACUAUGAUCGAUUCAAGUAGCAAAAUUCAAAGAGGUUCCAAAGGCGAUGCAUCUGUUUUGCGACCAACUUGUGUAACUUCUGUGCCACUUAUUCUGGAUCGUAUUUCCAAAGGUAUCAACGAGAAGGUAAAGAAAUCGGGACCACUGAGUCGGACGCUUUUUAGAUUUGCCUACGAGUACAAAUUGAAAUGGUAUAAACGUGGUUACGAUACGCCUUUCUGUAAUAAAUACAUUUUUGGAGCUGCAAGACAAGUUCUUGGUGGGAGGGUUAGGCUUAUUCUUUGUGGUGGUGCUCCUUUGACUCCCGACACCCAAACUCAGGUUAAAAUUUGUCUCUGCGUCACUUUGACUCAAGGAUAUGGCCUCACCGAAACAACUUCGUGUGCUACGGUUAUGGACAAGCACGACAGAAGUACGGGAAGAGUAGGUGGACCAACUACAAUUUGUGAUAUCCGUUUAGAAAAUUGGGAGGAAGCUGGUUACAGAGUUACGGAUACCCCAUAUCCCAGGGGAGAAAUUGUAAUUGGUGGUGUAAAUGUUUCGGCUGGUUAUUAUAAAUUAGCAGACAAAACAAAAGAAGACUUUUUCCAAGAAGAUGGAAAACAGUGGUUCAGAACCGGUGAUAUUGGAGAAAUUCACGAAGACGGUUGUAUAAAAAUUAUUGAUCGAAAGAAAGAUCUAGUUAAAUUACAACUUGGUGAAUAUGUUUCUUUGGGCAAAGUCGAAGCAGAACUGAAAACCUGUCCCGUUGUAGAGAACAUCUGUGUUUAUGGGGAUUCCCAUAAGUCUUACACAGUGGCAUUAGUAGUACCUAACCAAUAUUAUUUAGAACAGAUUGCCAAUGACUUAGGUAUCACCAACAAGAGUUUAGAGGAACUUUGUGAUAAUCCAGAGAUAGAAAAAACGGUGUUGCAACAGUUUGAAAUACCUGGUGCUGUGAAAUUGUGUGCAGAACAAUGGUCACCCGACAUGGGAUUGGUAACAGCAGCAUUCAAGCUGAAGAGGAAAGCAGUGCAAGAACGGUAUCAACACGAAAUCAAUAGGAUGUAUGCUUCGUGAUGAGAAGACGUUCCCAAGAAGUGUAAUAGGUGAAGUGAUAUCGAUAUUCAAGCUUUCUAAUUUAGCAAAACUUCGAUAUCUUUCGCGAGAAUUUUGCGAAAUGUGAUCGAAUGUUAAUUAAGAACUUCAGAUUUGAAAACAUGUAUUUUCUCUGUUCUCUUUGCUGGAAAAGAUGUCGACUUUUUAAUAUCAAAAAGUCUACUUACAACAUAGUUAAACGUAUAUAAAAAAAAAAAAAUUAAUAUAUGAAGAACUUUUAUCUGCUGGUGAAUAUUUUAUUAGUCAAUUUUUAGAGUUUCGUUCGAGGCGAGAAAUGAGUUUGAUCUUCAAUGGUGUGUAUAUAAAGAGCGUCUUGUAACAUAAUCAUUGUCUUACGUGAUGCAAGGUAUGAGUGAUGCAAGGUGCAGGUGUUUAUUCCAUGAAGGAAAUAAAAGAAAUCGUCAUUUUUCGUUCUACAUUUAGUUUUAUCUUAAUAAUGUGCUCAUUCCUUGUAACACAAUUCUCGGACCUCGCAAAAAAUCAAUCGCCAAUUAAUUAAUACUUCAAUAUUAUAAGUUCAUAACUCGAACGGUGUACUUAUUUUAAGUAUUAUUUGAAAUCGUCGAGUUUUAUUCAUCGCUCCGUUAAUAAUUAUUUUGUUUUAUGUAUUAAAGUAUGAUUGUACAUAUAGAGAAAUUAAGUGAUGAGUUAUUCUUGACGUUGAAGCGUGUAUGUUAGAUUUACUUCAGUAUGUUUGUGUUUGAUUUGACUCCUAAACUUUAGUUAGGAUUCUCAAAAUGGAAAUGUUCUUCGUCAAAUAUUGUAAAAUACUCGCAGAUAAUGUUCUUGUCCACUAUUUUAAAUUAUUAUUAUGUCAAAGCAUCACAAAAAGAUUUUCUCUUCUUUUUCUCUUAUGCACCUUUAUGUGUAUGCAUGUGUUGGUACGUGUACGCGUGUUUAUUAUUAUGUAUGCUUGUAUGCACAUAUGAGCGAGAAAAUUAGAAUCUAAUGUAUGUGAGUUUAUUAAAAAAAAAAAAAAAGAAAGAAAAAAAAAUGAAGAAAAUGGUGUUCACAAAGGGAAAAUUAUUCUACUAAUUUUUUGUAGUCUUCCCAUUUAUUCUAAUGUGUCAAUAUUUUGAAAAGCAUAGUUGAAGGUCUUGGAUUCUUUUGUUAUUUCAGUUUCGUAGACAUUGGGUCUAUCAUUCAGGCGUUUAAUUCCAAGUCAUGUUAGUUUGCACGAAUUUCAUUCACGACUCAGUAGUCUUCCUAUUAAUAUCCGGCGUUAUACAUAUUAGCCUGCAAUAGCAUUAUCUUCUCUAAUACUUCUUACCGAAUAUGGUUGAUAUGCGUAUAUCUUAAUAAGUGAACGCUUAUGUUCCACACAAAUUUUUAUGUUUUUGUCACUGAAAUUUUCAUACAAGAAUAACGCAUUGAACGGAGAUUUUGUAUUAUAUUAUAUGACAUCGACGUGUUGAUUGCGCAUUCAAGUAUUAAAUAUGAAAUUAUUUAAUACUUUACUUAUAUUUUACGGCUUGUUGAUUCACAAUUGUAUAAGAAGAGAAAGAGGAAGAAAGAUAUUACUGAUAAGUGAUUCGACAGCUCACUCUUCCAGUUGCAUUGAGAGUUCCUGCAGUAUAGUUGAACACAUGCGUUACAAAUUGUUGCCUUGCUAAUUUCCAUAAAUUAUUGAAAGCUGUACAAUAUUAGAUAGGAGAUUACCAAUUGUUUGGAUAUAAUCAUAUCAUCAAUAUCUAUUAUCAUCACCAUCAUCAUCAUCAUUAUCAUCAUUAUUAAUUAUAAUUAUGGAUGCAGAAAUAAAUGUACAGAUCUGUAGUAUACUUACAUAGUAUUAUUGUGAUUCUUUUGUUUUUCUUUCUAAUUCGUGAUCAACGCAAGCGAUAUGUAUAUUUAUAUAUUUCACAGUUUUCAUUUUUUUUUUUUUUUUAUAUAUUUAAUAACGUCGACAAUAAUCUAAUCUUAUCGUACAAAUGUUGAAAAAAUUAAUAGAAUAAAACUAUGAGGAGAAUUCUCAUUGUAUACUGUCCCUUUUAGGUCCAUUCAUUUUCUGUGCUCUAUUUAUUUAAAAACUAUUAAAAGAAGAUUUGUUUUUUAAUCUUUUUUUUUUUAUUAAUUAAAAUUGAAAGAUUAAUUCUGAAUGUUUAGCAAUGACAGUAUGA